AUGCCUGCUUCAAGUACACUAAAAAUACGCAGGAGAACCCCUAAAUCAUGCCUCAAUUGUCGACGUCGAAAGUUGAAAUGUGACCGCCAGCAUCCAUGUUCACGUUGUAAAGAACGGUCGGAGCGAUGCGUUUAUGCAGAGGGAUCAGAAAUAGAGGAUGGCUCGCCUGAAGCAAACGAUCAAUUGCAACGUACGGUUACACGUGAAGCUGUGAAUUCAGCAACAAAUGUGAACAAAAAACCUCCAGAGGUAUUUGAAAUAACACAAAAGAAAUUUGAGUUUUAUGGUUGGAAAACCUUUCUUGAACUUAUCGGCAGGAAGAAGCAAGAUCACAAAACCGCUAAUCAAAUCUAUUUAAUGGGACGUAACAUAAGGCUGUCUGUUGCUCUCCCGGAAGACAUACUCUCUUUGUUUCCCCCAUACUUUGUGUCGAAGGCCUUAGUGCAGCGGUUUUUGGACACAACGAACGAGUUGUUUCCAAUCUUCUAUCGCUCUGAAAUAGAAAAUUUCUUAAUGUCUAUACAAGCUUUUGGGUUGGACUCUAUUUCUUCCGACGGUAUUCUUCUUUUGUUGUGUAUAAUCGGCCAUGUACUUGAGGUAACUGAUCCACCAUUAGAAGCAAAAGAGGAUUUUGCGAGUGUUGAUUGUAAUCCGGUGGACUUAUCUGAUUUAAUCAGGAAGAAACUAGAUGAAAUCUUUUUUAGCUUCGACAAUUGUCAAGGUUCUGUUGGAAACUUGACAAGAGUUCAGUACUGUAUCGUCCAAGCUCUGUAUAACCUGCAGAAGCAGAUAAAAGGGUUUAAUGUAGCUCUGUGCCAUUGUAUUAACCUGUCCACUCGCGUGAGUCCUAUCUAUCAAUUAGAUACUGUCGCUAAUGAAGUAAAUACCGAUUUAUGGCUCACAAUAUGCGAGAUUGAUGCUAUGGAACAUAUCUUUAAAAGCAAAAAUUCUUGGGUUCAACGGGACGUUUUUGGGCGACUUCAGCCUAGGAGAGAUUUUUUUUCAGAUGAGAAAACGUUUCAGUAUCAUUCAUUGCUGGGGAAACUAUUAAACUGCGGACUCGACAUACAAAAAGCGGUGCAUACUUUAACAAUACAAGAAUAUCUCCAAAAAUUAGACGAAUUCGAUGUUAACUUAUCCCUUAUUUUGACUUCUAUUGAAUCAUUAUUUUUUGGUGUCAACGACACGGCUAAUACGUGUCGUUAUGACUUUCUGCGUUUGAUCUUUUGGACUAUAAGAAAAAAUCUUUAUCAAUGUUUUCUCACUGUCGAGCAUGACAAUCUGCCAGAACUGAAUCAAAUUUUUGAGAAACUGACUAUUGCUUGCCUUCAAGCAUGUCGCAUUGCUACUGGCUCGAGCGAAAGUUUCAUUCGUUUUGAUCUUCUUAGAAUAGCAUCCUUGGAGUCUAUUACUUGCUUGCUUAUUAUAUCUUUUUGUCAGGAGCGUGGCUUUAAAUUACCAGAUAAUUGCAUCGAGGUGGUAUACGAUGUAAAACAUUUAAAUUCAAUUGUCGAUAAGGAAGACCAUACUAGUGAGGGUUUUGAAUUCGUGUUUGAUUUUAUUCUUUCUACGUUGGAAUCAUAUCCUUCUAAACCUCCGGAUAUGGAAUCCGAGCACUUCCUAGAGGAUCCUCUGAGAGUCUUUUCAGAUUUGUUUAGUAUUCAGUCUCACUUUUUCUUUCCUCACUAA